CACGGCCCAAUCCGCAACGGAGUUUGGGCUGAUAGUAUAUCAGCUCAAUAGAGUCCAUUAAUAUUCUAUUUUCCCUCCUCCCUUGUUCGCGAGAUUCGGUUUCCCUCCAUUUCAAACAAACUCGACGAUGGAAAGCGUGGACGCGAACAGCGAAGUCGAAAACGACGCGGAAAUGAAGCUCUUGAGAGAUAAAUUCAGGCUCUCCGCAAUCUCCAUCAUCGAAUCUCAAGCAAAACAAAACGGCAUGGAAGUAUCAAAAGUCGUAGUCACUUGCGUUGCGGAUUUGGCCUUCAAGUAUACGGAGCGCCUGGCUAGGGAUCUUCAUCUAUUUGCGCAGCAUGCGAAUCGUAAAUCUGUAAAUAUGGAAGAUGUGAUACUUUGUGGACAUAGGAAUGAACAUGUAUCUGGCAUGUUGAGGAGCUUCUCCAAUGAUUUAAAAGCCAAGGAUCCUCAAUCUGAAAGGAAGCGAAAGAAAGAACCCAAAAAGAACGACAAAGGAACCGCUUAGCGCAUAUGCCUGAUGCAUAUAUAUGGUCCUAGGAACAUAUUUUGGUACGGUUAGUUAAUUUUAUGUAUAUUUUUCUCUCCUUUAUAUGUUUUUGGAUUUGGUAGUUAGUGCUGGAAUCUAUUAGUCCAUCUUAAUCAUUUAUGCAUGCCUUUAAACUUAAUUCCAGUAAGGCAGUAACUAUGAGUGCGUGAUUGAAGUAAUUAAUUUAGAAGCAUUUUUUUA